AUGAAAGCAUGUGAUAAAGCUAUCAAUCGUGGCCGUUGAGAAGGCUUGUGAGUAGAGUGAAAUAGCUGAAAACAGGAUGAGAUGAGAGCCAAAAAGAGGACAGAGAGGGAGGCAGAAAGGAGCAGAGAGAGAAGAUAAGCGAAAGCUGAGAUCUUCCAGGCUGGUUAAUUUCUGUGUAUAGAAAGAUCUGUGAAUAUUGAAUCAGUUAUUUGGCCGGAGAUAGCUCGAACCAUUCAGAUUCUGGUAACUUAAUUCCAUUUCCGGUGAAUUAUGAUAGUUUCCCGGUGAUGAGAGGUAAGAUUAGUAGUAUUCAAGACGUAUCUAAUUUGUCGCUACGAAAUCAAUCCAAACACAAAUGGAAAGAAGCAGAGAAGCGAAAAGAGGUGUUACUUUGGCAGCUUCAAAUGGUUUGUCAAGGAGGAGACACAGAAGUGGCAGUCUCAGAGAGUCUCCAGAAGAAGACGGUCCGUUGGAGUUACACGAAACGGCGAGGUUAAGAGAUCGAAAGAAAGACCGUGAUCGUGACCGCGACCGUGAAAGAGAACGUGAUAGAGAGAGAGAUCGAAUGAGUAGGACUAGCAAAAGAAGAAGAAGCGAUAAAUUUAUGCUCGGAACGAAUAGAGAUGACGGAGGGGAUGACAGUUCAGAGGAGAGCGUAAAUGAUGAUGAAGAAGACGAUGACGACGAUGGAGGUGUAGGUGGAAAUUCUUCUAUCAGGAUGCUUCCACCCAAUCCAUCAACAUCAUCAUCGUCGAUGUUGAAUCAUCAUCAUCACCAUCAUCAUCACAAUCUUAAUAGUAAUAGCCACAGUAAUAAUAAUCAUAAUCAUAAUAAUAAUAAUCACAGCAGUCGGAAAAGUUUUCCACCGCCGGCUAAAGUGUUUAGAGCUGCGCCGACGACUACGACAGCCAACCCCGCCAACUCUACCUGGAAAGCCGCCGAUGAGAUGAUUGGUGUUUCAGUGCCUAGAAAAGCUCGGUCAGUCUCUACUAAAAGGUCCCAUGAAUGUUGGACUUCAAGUGGUGGUGGUGGAGAACAAAUACACAGACAAGCUUCAUCUUCACCUGUGAGAACGAGUGUUGCGACUGUGUUGACUACCCCCGCACCCGCUUCGCCUUCUUCCAAUUUUUCAGUUCGGAAGAAGAUGAAACCUAGCGGACCCAAACUAAGGCCACCAAAGUCGUCGAGCAACAAGUCAUCAUCGUCAGCUCAGGACGAGAUUGAGAUCGAGAUCGCGGAAGUUUUGUACGGGAUGAUGAGGCAGCCACAGGGUCCAUCGAAGCAAGAAAUUAUGGUUGUAGAUUGGAAUUCUAAAGAGAUUAAUAGUAAGUCCACUAGUGACUCUAAAUCCAGGGUUUCUUCUCCGAUCUCGAAUUCUCCAUCUACUCUCCCUCAGUCUUCAUCAAUUUUGCCCACAAAUUCUAGUUCUUCGAUUGCUCCCAUGUCUGCUAUUGCACCGAAGAGGAAGAGACCGCGACCUGUCAAGUACGAAGAUGAGAAUCCUUCGUCGUUUACAGUGCGUAAUGUUCCCAUUUCGUCUACGACAAAGGUUGAGAUGGAUCACUCUUCCAAGGCCGAAACUUGUUCGUCUAAUUUGGACAAGAUUUCGGGAUCUGCAGCAGCUGAGAAUGGUUCAAUUUCAUACGAUUUGAUGAACUCUCAAGCCUCCGAGCCGAAGAUUGAGCCGGUUAAGCCAGAGAGCAACGUUUCAUUACCGGAUUCAAAGGGUUUGACUGAACCAUCGGAGAGUGGAGGAGAUGUGGCUGUGGCAAACGACGGCCCUCCGCCUCAGCCUCAGUCUCCUAAGAAGGAUUCUACCGCUAGUCUCCGAUUAGAUGAUGAUUGUAGAGACAGUCUGACAGUUUCUAAAGCGAACUUAAUGACAUCUGAGAUUGAGAACCAGCGAGAAGAAAAAUUCCAGAUAGAUCUGAUGGCUCCUCCUCCAUUGAGAUCGUCACCUGAAAGGGACGGUGAGAUUGAUUUUGUGGCUGUUGACGGUCAAACGGAAAUGAAGCCUGUGGUGAAGGAGGAUGAGAAGGUAGUUAAAAUGGUCAAAGAAGAUGUAGCUGUUGAUGGUGAACAAAAGAAGGUAAAAACAAUAGCAGAAGAAAGUGAAUCCCAGAAGCCAGUUGUCGUUAAGGAGAGAAACAUUGAUCUCCAGCUUGAUUUGGAGAAGAGUGAUAGAGAUGGUGGUACUGUUAGCUUAAAUGGCAAUAAGCUGCAACAGCAUGUUCACAAGCAGCAGCAACAUUCACCGCCUUCAGCCCCUGAGAAAAAUGCUCAAUCCACUUCUUUACCUUUUCCACCGCCUAUGGCUAGUUGGCCCGGUGGAAUUCCUCCUAUGGGGUAUAUGGCUGCACCUUUACAAGGAGUUGUAUCCAUGGAUGGUAGUGCUGUCUCCUCUACUGCCAUACAACCUCCAAAUUUGCUAUCUUCUCAGCCCAGACCAAAGAGGUGUGCAACUCAUUGUUACAUUGCUCGGAACAUACACUGCCUCCAGCAAUUUACUAGGAUUAAUCCUUUCUGGCCAGCUGCUGCCAGUUCUGCUUCACUAUAUGGGGCGAAGGCUUGCAAUCUCAAUGUUGUGCCUCCUGCAGAAUUGAAUGGAACUGUCCCAGGAAAGGUUGUGAGCAGUGCACAAGAUAUGGGGCAGGGUCUGGCAGUAUUUCCUGGUCCUGCUGGGAAAGACAACAAAGUUUCUCAACAUGCCAACGUAAUGGAUGCAGCUCAAAGAAAGCAGGUGUUGUUACAGCAAGCUCUACCACCGGGAGCUCCAAGUAAUAUACUGGCUCCUGCUUUUAUCUUCCCAUUGAGCCAGCAACAGGCUGCUGCUGCAGCUGCUGUUCGGCCUGGGUCUGUUAAGUCCCCUCCAGCUGCUGGUAAUUUUGCUCCAUCAAGUGGGUCUAAUUCUGCCUCAGCAAGUGCCACUGCAACAGCAGGAGCUGCUGCCACGGCAAUGAGCUUCAACUACCCAAAUAUACCAGGCAACGAAACACAAACCCAGUACUUAGCGAUUUUGCCGAACAAUGCUUAUCCAUUUCCUAUCUCUGCUCAUAUUGGAGCGACACCUGCUUACAGAGGAACUCACGCUCAGAGUAUGCCUUUCUUCAAUGGGCCCUUCUAUUCUUCUCAAAUGCUACAUCCUUCACAGCUUCAGCAGCAGCAACAACAGCAACCGCUACCCACUCAGUCACACCAAAGCCAACAAGGUCAUCAAAACGCUAGCAUUUCCAGUGGUUCCUCUUCAUCCCAAAAACAUUUACAGAGCCAGCACGCGUGGCCGCAUAACAGUGGCAUCAGCGGAGGCAGCGGAACCCUGCAAGGAUUUCCUGCUCCGAAGAACCAGCCUCUUCAACAACUGCAGCAGCGGCAGCAACAGCAAAACCAACAGGUUCCUCAUCAAGUUUGCCAGCUUGAGAAUGAAAUGGGUGGUGAAGAGAGUCCGUCAACAGCUGAAAGCCGAGUCUCCCGAGCAAAUAUGAAUGCCUAUGGACACAAUUUUGCAAUGCCUCUGCACUCACCAAACUUCACAUUGAUGACUACUGCGUCAGUGGGAGGUGCUGCAAGUGUGAUUGGUAAUCAUGGUGAAAAGAAGCCACAGCAACAGCUACAUCAGCAGGGCUCAAAGACUGGAGUCGAAACUAUGACACCUCAAACUUUUGCAAUGACGUUUACUUCUAUUAAUGGUACUACAGCUCCUGGCCUUGACCUUUCUACCAUUGCACAGAAUCCUGCUAUCCUUCAGAACCUACCCGAGGCAAUGAGGCAGGGCUGUCAGUUUAUGGCAGCUGCCCAGGCAGCACAGCAGAAAAAGAGUUACCGUGUUUCAGAAGAAGGGAAAGCUGGAGGUGGUGAAACUUCUAAUGUGGAGGAAGAAAGAAAGGCACUGGCAGGAAAGCCACAAGCAAUGGUUGGGCAGUCCAUUGCUUUCUCUAGGCCAGAUUUAAUCGAUUCACCAGUUUCCACUAUGACAGGCAACACAGUAAUUGAUAGCUCAAAUAGAAGUCUAAACCUUGGUUCUGCACCUACCCGAACUUCUGUUUCUGUUAUUCCUUCUAGUAGCAAUGCUAAUGCUUCUGCUGCACAGCAGCAACUACAGCGGAGUCAGCAGCAGCACCAAAUCAUUCAACUUCAGAAGCAGCAUUUUGCAGCUGUAGCUGCUACCACUGCUCGAAGCAAAACACCUGCUACAAGCAAUGGAAGUGUUUAUUCUGACCACCUACAACCUUCAACAUCUAUGGCUGCAAAGUUCCCUGGUGCUUUAUCUGUUUUUCCGCAAAAUCUUGUCCAAAGCAACAGUAGCGCAGCUCAGUCACCUCAGUGGAAAAUUUCUGGGAGGACAAGUGCCUCUCAGGUUAGUUCACAAUCUAUUGCUCCAAGCACAUCAGCACUUAAAAACCUUCCCCAGCAGCAAGGUAGAACACAGCAAGGCCACACACAAAUUUCUUUUGCUGCAAACCCCAAAUCAUCAGCAGCAACUCAGGGGCAGCCACAGUCUGGUAAUAACCAGUCUGCAUCUCCUCCGAUGAUGGUUGGAUCCCCAACAACUUCUUCUAUUUCCAAGGCUAGUGCUGGUGGGAGCCCGAGGACUAACCCUACGACAUCCACAGGUAACAAAAGUGGCCAAGCUUCCUCAUUAUCAUCUCAGCAGGCCAAGCAUUCACCAUCUAUGCCUAGCAGGAAGUCAUCUCCCGGUUCGUCAAUGCUUGGAAACCCCAAUAUUACUUCAGGGACUGGAGUGAAGGGUCAAAUGUCACAACAGCAGCAGCAACAGCAGAUUCCAAAGCAUGCAAGUCUGCCAGCCCAACUGGUAUUCUCCAAUGCUUAUAUGCCAGCCCAACCUCAGCAUGUAGCGAGUACAACUUCAUCUGCCUCAGCUGUUAACGGGUUUUUUACUGCAAGACACCGUGAACAACAGCAGCUGCCUGGCUCUUCAGGAACUUCCUCAACUGGGAUGCUAUCACUGUGUCCUCCGGUUACUCAUUCUAACACAAGUACUUCCGAUCCUGCUAAGGCUGUUGCUGCUGCUACCAAUAUGAAAGGUGGUGCCUUAGCAUCACAGGGUCUUAUACAUGCUGCCAAUUUUGCUAAUACUCAGGCCUCUGGGAAGCAACAUCAGUCUUUUCCUCCUGGUUUUCCCUAUGUUCAUGCUGUUCCCACGGUGGUUCAAGUGAAACCAGCAGAGCAGAAGCAACCUGCAGGUGAGUAGGAAUGCCCCUUAAUGUCUUUACCUUACAACCCCCCUACAGGGAAAAGAAAAACAUAGCCUCUAGCGAGAUGAGUUCAAGAUUGCGGUUAUAAUCGAAGUUUUGAGAGGACUUCUUGCCCAGAGCAUAGUUACUAUUUGACUGCCUUCUGGCAGUCUGAGAAGAAUCAAAGUGCAAAUCAAGCAAUGAAGCACUACCCAAGACUCAACAAUCGGAUUGCAACCGACAUUAAAACAGUUUGGGGGGAAGUGUUUCUCUGUGGAAUGUGCUUUGCAAUGUGUAUUGAGCUAUGUACACUUGUGUUUAUAAUCUGACAAGAUUCAUGUUCAAGCCUAA